UUUUUUUUUUUCUUUUCUUCUAUUAUUAAUAAAAGUAAUCAAAUUAAUAUGUCAGAAACUUUACCACCUGGAUGGGAACGCCGCCAAGCCCCUAACGGACAAUAUUAUUUUAUUGAUCAUAACACACGUACAACGACAUGGACAGAUCCACGUCAAAAUUACCAAGCACAACCACCAGCAGAACGUGAUAGUUAUUAUUCAGCUCAAGCAAGUUAUCCUACUCCUCCUCCACGUCCCGAGGGAUAUCCUUCCUAUGCGAAUGCACCCUCUGUUGUAGAGCAACAACAACCUUAUCCUACUCCUACUCCUCCUCAAGAGAAAGAGAAAGGCCAUCAUCAACAUCAUUCACAUGGUGGAUUUUUCUCUAAUGGUAUGAAGGUAGCUGCUGGCCUUGCUGCUGCUGGUUUAGCAGGUUUAGCUAUUAAGGAUGUUGUUCAUCAUGAAGAACGUGAAAAUGAGCGUAUAGCUCGUUUAGAACAAGAAGAACGAGAUAAUCGUUACAUGGAAGAAGAAAUGUAUAAUGAAGAAAGAUACAAUGAAGAAAGAUAUAAUGAACCUCCUCCUCCUCCUCCUGAAUAUGGUUAUGGUGGUGUACCCGAAUAUGGUUAUGGUGGUGGACCUGCUCCUUCUACCACUAUCAUUAAUGAAGAUAACGGUUGGUUUGGUGAUGAUAAGCAAACUGUGAUUCAAACAGACGGAUAUGGUGACACAAUUACUACGGAAACAAAAGAUGGAUGGUUUCAUGAUGACACAAUAGUUACAGAAACAGAUCGAUAUGGAGAUACUGAAGUGGUAAGUAUUUUAUAUAAUACAAGAGUAAAUUAUUAUGUAUAUAUAUAUAUAUAUAUAUACUCAUUUAUAUAUAGAUUGAAGAUGAUUCCAGCUGGUUAUAAAUGGGUUAACCUCUUUAUUAAUAAUGAUGAUUUAAACCAGAUAACAUAGUCUUUAAUGACGGUAAUCUUGGUUUUUUAUGUAUAAGUUGAGUUGCUUGAGUAGCUAAUAAAUGCAGAUUUCUACUACUUUCAUCAUGACUUUUUAUUAUUCUAUCAUGUUGACUUUUAUUGCCUGCAAUCUUUGUCGACGUCAUUUGAUAAUAUUUUCGUUUAGUAGUAGUAGUAUGAGUAGGUAAUUUUUUGUGUGUGAAUGAUAUA